GGGACUAUCGGGCCGUAAACCAUCCGCGGUGAACAUUUAACUCACGUAUUGCCAUCCAACAAGUUUGCUUUGGCCGGUGAAAGAGCGUCCCCGAGAUCUCGGAGAAUCGGCGAGUCUCGUAGGCGAAGUUUCCGCGAAACCUCCGCGCGAGGAGGUGGAUGAAACCCACCGCGACACCCGCGGUUUUUCAUCCUGUGCGAGGACGUCUCUCCGUCCUUCGUUCUCGGCCGCGGAUACAAUCGGACGAUCCCUAUCGGACGAGGACUUCGGUUUCGUAACCUGCGAUACGACAACGGGAUCGUAUUCUGGCGACGAUUUCAGCGACUCCGCCCGCCCAUUGAAACGCACGCUCGAGCGAGGAGACGGCGAGAGAAGGCGUGCUAAGACUACGGAGUAAACCUCUCAAAAAUCGGAUGGAGCAACAAAUUUGGGAAAGCUGUCUUGAAUAGGCGCUAUCAUGAGCUGUAAGGAACGUGCGCGGACUACCCUUCCGCAAAGACGACUUCGCUAUCGUUGAUCUUGCAUCAGCCGCUACAGGUAAGUGACGUUGCAACGCCUCGAGCCUUGUGGAGCAUGCCCUUGCAGCUUGCUUGGUAUAAUGUGCGGCGUAAUUUCGAUUAUAGGGUGGACAGAGGAACGAAACGGGUCUGGAGUGGCUUGGCGCUUUGAACGAAGGUGUCACACCGGGGAAGACGAAGGACUUUGAUUACUAUCUUCCGUUACCACCUUGUGUAUACGUGGUAUACUCUCCCCUUUCUCCACUUGCUAAUUAAAAAGGUUCUGUAGUGCUCCAGUUUAUAAUUUUAUCCUCUUUCGGUAGUGAGCUCAGUGUGAUAAAAAGUCAAAUGAUGUACAUGUGAUCCAAAAUGAUGGUAAUUUGAUAAAUAUAUAUAUACAUAUAUAUAUAUAUAUAUAUGUAUGUGUGUGUGCUUGUGCUGCUCAAGAGUGCGUGAGAUGACAAGGGUCGAGUGAGAAAAAAUAAAGAUUCGUGAAGAAAUGCAAUUCCGAAGUGAUAAAUCUGUAUCUAUGUAAAGACGUGUGCCAGUGUGUCCGCACAGGAAGAGUACAAAACAAAAUUAAUUUACGAAGAUAAAGGGCUAGAGAGAAGAAUAAUAGAUCAAUUGAAGAUAACCAAAGGAAAGUCAGUCAGCAACGUAGAGAAGUGACAUAAGCAGGUAGGACAGGUGGGACAGUAGCAUGAGUUCGUACUUCGCGAAUUCGUAUAUCCCGGACCUGCGAAAUGGCGGGGUGGAACACCCGCAUCAGCAUCAGCAGCACUAUGGUGCGGCCGUACAGGUACCUCAGCAAACGCAAUCGGUCCAGCAACAGUCCCAGCAAGCCGGCGAUCCCUGUGACCCGAGUUUGUUACGUCAAGGAGUAUCCGCCCAUCAUUAUGGAACCACAGGAGGUCAGCAAGAUAUGCCUUAUCCGAGGUUUCCCCCGUACAACCGGAUCGACAUGCGGAACGCGGCCUACUAUCAGCAUCAGCAGGAACACGGAAGUAUGGACGGCAUGGCCGGUUAUAGGUCGACAUCUCCGAGCACCGGGAAUAUGGGUCACAUGGGACACACGUCAACCCCCAAUGGACAUCCGUCCACCCCCAUCGUCUAUGCCAGUUGCAAACUUCAGGCGGCUGCUGUCGAUCAUCAAGGCAGCGUUCUCGACGGACCGGAUAGCCCGCCUCUCGUCGAAUCGCAGAUGCACCACCAAAUGCACAGCCAGCAUCCGCAUAUGCAGACGCAGCAGUCACAGCAUCCACAACAAUCGCAGCAUCAGCAUCUGCAGACACAGCAACAACAUAUGAUGUACCAGCAGCAACAGUCUCAAACUGCUGCACCGCAACAGGGACAAGCUGGAAUGCAUCCGCAACAGCAGCAACAAGCUCAGCAGCAUCAAGGCGUUGUUGCAUCAUCGCUCAGUCAACAGCAGCAAGGCGCGUCUCAAAGUGCGUCGUCUGCGAACUUACCGAGCCCAUUGUAUCCUUGGAUGAGGAGUCAGUUUGAAAGGAAACGGGGUCGGCAGACCUAUACACGAUACCAAACGUUAGAAUUGGAGAAAGAAUUUCACUUCAACCGAUAUCUUACUAGGCGGCGACGCAUCGAGAUCGCACACGCGCUAUGUCUGACGGAACGGCAGAUAAAGAUCUGGUUUCAAAACAGACGGAUGAAGUGGAAGAAAGAGAACAAGACGAAAGGUGAGCCAGGCUCAGGCGAUGGCGACACUGAAAUCUCGCCGCAGACGUCGCCGCAGGGUUAAAAGAGCUCCGAGGAGUGGAACUUCCUUUCCACCUCUCUCAGGGUCGUUAAUACCUUGUUUCCAGCACUACCUCCUCCCCACCCAAUCUCCAAUCCCCAUCGAUGACCUCCAAAUGAUCCCUCUAAGCAAUGACGCUUAUUUUGUCGUGUUAAUCAUGUUGCUUGUACCAAAAACGAAGCAGAUAAUGAUGAAGACGAGGAAGUUGUAAAAGGACCCGUAAGAGCGCUCGAUGACGAUUAGACGAUAAGAAGGGAACUCACGAUAAAUCUAGAGACGUGAAAACAAAAAGAAGAGAACAAAACGAAAAGUAAAGACGCACAAACGAGUCAGCAGAGGAUUUGCGUGAAUGCGCGUGAAUAAGGUGGAUCGAGAUUAUUGAUCGAAAAGAGUAAAUAAAAACUGGAUCACAUGCUAAUCAGAACCGCGUUAACCUCUAUUACGUUUAAUCGAUUAUUGUAUACUAAAGUCUAUAUAUAUAUAUAUAUGUAUACACACACUUACAUAUGUAUACACUAUAUAUAUAUAUAUAUAUAUACACAUACACAUACAUACAUACAUAUAUACAUGUAUAUAUACAUAUAUAUAUGGAUGAAAAUGUAUGUAGUUUAAUGUGAAAUCGUGGGAGCGAGUGACCGAUGACCGAUUGGUACCAACGCAUGUUAAAGACGUGGUUUCGAAUGUUAGAGUAUUACGAGAGUUAAAUCUGCUGAGAAAGAAUGAUAUGCGCGAAUCUGAAUGCGAGUAUGAUAGAAAAAAAGAUCGUGUUGAAAUCUUAGGAGAGCAUUUUAUUAUUUAUUCUCUUACAUCGUAAAGUAGAAUUAUAGGACGAUUAAUAGAAUAUAGCCGUACGAAAGGUGUCCAUCGCGAUCUGUAUUUAGCGAUAGAUAUGCGGUUUAGUGUCCUUAGAGGAUUGUUUAGAUAGAUUUUUUUUUUCUUUAAUACCGUCGAGCGGUGGCUCUAACGAGGAUAUUUAUGAUUCGUGCCAAGUGUGAUCUUUGAGAAUGUGUUUUCAUAAAAUUCGAGAAAGGAUUCGAGAGUAACGGCGGGAUACAGCAGGUGGACACAAGGAGCAAGUGCAGAAGCGGAAGAGGAAAAUCGCGAAGUUUACGUCUUUUCCUGAGAACAGUGAUACAAGUGUGUGCAAAACUAAUUCCAUGGAAGAUCAGUGAAUUUGGAUGUAUAAAUAUAAAAAGUCAUGGCGUUGUUUUUGAAAUAUUGUAUGCGGAAAAGGCGACCGUGAAUGGGACAGACUAGUGCUGAAUGAUAAAGUGAAUAUGAAAAAAAAAAAAAAACAGCGCCCUUCGGCGGAGCAGAGUCAAAUGGACUUGGCAUUUCUUCAUCAGCGUCAUCGCAAGGUUAGUCUUAUAAAGAUUGCUAAUAAUAUGCAAUUAUCGGUUACAUUACUUUGUUUCUCGUUGAAUCAUCGUGCAUUUAAUAAGAACAAUAAGUUUUGAACUCCAACGGAUAAAUAAGCUUACAUUUUUGUGCAGUUGAUAAUGCAUAAAAACUGUAGCUUAUCCGUUUAAUGACCGAUAGUUGGAAAAAUUUGUUCCUAACACGCAUAUUGCUCAAAACGAAUAUAUAAUGUAUAUAAGCAGUUCUUUCCUAGCUGAAAAGCGUGCCCGCUUGGAAAAGGACGUUCAAAUUAAUCAAAAUUUUUGACAUUAUUUUCGAUAAUUUAGAAAAAUGUACUUUAUAUUAUUACCUAUUAUUUGGAUCAAAAAACACUUUUAGUUUAUACUUGAAAUAGUUCAAAUUAUUUCAAAAAACAACUAUUUGAUAUUAAGAUAUUUGAUAAUAUUUAAUGAAAUUUGAUAUUAAAUAAAUGUAUAUAGCUUAACGUCUUUUACAAUGUCGGACAUGUAAUGUGAUCUCGAAUAAAUUAUUUUCUUUAGAAUUUUUUUUUUAAAGAGCAAAUGCAAUAGUUAUACUCGUAAUAGCGUUGCAAAUUCUUCUUUCUUUCUGUAAAUAUUAAAAGAAGAUAACUCAAGGAACGAAAGUUUAUUUGCAUUAGUAGCUAUCGAAAAUUUGCUCUUGCUCCGCGCGACAUGACGCCAAGUUACCAAGUGUUAUAAUACAUAGCGUAUUUUCGGAAUAGGAUGCUUUCGGCAUGAAACCGCUUGGCACCUUAAUAGUGGCUCAGUGCUAUCUUAACCAAAAGAAGAUUUUUUAUUAUUUGUGUACGAUAAUUUAAUUGUAUUACAAGUAUCAUUCCAAAUAAAUAUAUUGUUUUUUUAAUUUUUUUGGUAUAAUAUGAAACGAAUUCAAAUAAUCUUUAUUUUAGUUUUCUUAAUUAAGUUAUUGUGCUUCUUUUGUGAAUUUUUUUUUUUACUAUUUAUAUAUAUAUGAGAAUUAUUUCUAUUUAGUUUUCAUGUUACGAAAUAUAAUGUAAAUAUCUCUAUAUAUGAUAAAUAUGUCGGUGUGAUCAGCAAGAAUCCAAUUUGUUACAUUUGUAUUGGAACAAGCGUGUUAAGUGUGGCAAGCGGUAUCAGAGCACUCGUCAACUCGAUCGUCUGAUCUGGUUCGAUGAAUUGAUUCGAUUAUGCCGUAUUGGGAGAUCCAGGAAAGCCUGGCUACGUUGUAGCCAGGCGAGCCCAUAUAUUCCGCCGCGGUGAAUUCUUGUGCUGUGUUGUAAACUUAGAUUCGACAUAAUUAUUUAGUGUAUAUCUUGUAUACACCAUAAUUAAUGAUAUACGUAAUAAACGAUAUUAAUAACCGCGUGCUAAUUAUGAACAGCGAUCGAAAAAAUGCCUAUAGAGGUGGUUUAAUCUUCUAACUCACUGCAGAAUUCGGCUCCUUACCAUCUCUUUACUAAAAAAAAAUAGGAGAAAGAGGCGAAGAGAGUGGCAUAAAAAUCGUGUAAUCGAUAUACGUAACGUAUGGUCCAGCUUGCGCUCGUUAAUCGAUCGAGCAAUGUGUGACCAGCCUUUCCUUCUCGAGAAAUUUAUUUAUGUAAAACUCUUUGUCCUUGAGGAGCAACGAACUGUGUGAAGCGGAAAAUCCGCGGCGGUCGCUCGCUAUUGCGCGUGUUUUUUAAACGCCCGUGUAAUCUAUAGCUAAUCAUGAGUCUCAUGAGAGAAUUCAUCUUUUACAUUUUCGUUCCUCGGUUUAUUCGGUUUUAUGUAAUUUGGAUAUAUAGAAGUUAUUUUUGAGUUUUUUUUUAACCAUAAAUUGUACCAAAUUUUACGUUUUUUUAGCUUCUGAAGUACAACAGUUGUACAGUUGUAUUAUUGAUGAAUGAUUUAUGUAAUUUUAUGUAGACAUACGAUAUGCAAUUUUGCACGAUAUUAUAUGGAUUUUCACAUAUUUUAUUGCGAUCAAAUUGCAUGUAGUUCUAACUAUAUUAAUCAAAGAACAUUUUUUAAUGGUAGAGAAGGGAGUGCGAUUCACGAGACACAAGACUUCUUAUCAUUUCUGGUAGGGAAGAGUUUCUUAUUCUUUGAUAUCAAUUGUUAUGAUACUAUGACCAAAAAAAUUUCAUGUAUCCAAUUUCGGGAGACCGAUCUAAUUUUCUUUCUAAGUUGCUAAAGAGGGAAUGAUAAUAAACUAGAGAUGAGAUUCUUAUGAUUGGAUAUUAAUAUUCGUCGAAAUUGUAUAUUAAAUUCGACAGUACCGAUCUAUCAAAUCGAAGAUUAUUUGCAAACAUUUAAUUCGAUUGUAAUGUGUACAAAAGUUGAAUAGUGCAAUAAAAUGUUUAAAUAAAAAUGCGUUUAAAGAAAGAUAUGAUGGAUUUCGGUGCUGUAAAAGUAAUUGUGGUGAGCGAUCGCCGCGAAAACGUACGCAAUUAAAGAAAAAAAUGAACUUUUGUAUCUAUUGGAUAUAGCGAACCUAUUACUUAUAGAUUAAAAGUAUAUACAUAUAUUAUAUAUAACGCGAGAAGGGAAAUUCAUAGUAUUAACUGGGAGGAAUAAAAUGCAAAAUAUAUAUUUUAUCUUUACUCGUAUAUAUGCGCAUUAAAUUACAAGAUAUACGUAAAUUAAACCAAGUACCGUGAGUGUAUGCAAAAGUAGAACGUAAAAAAAAACUGAACGUAAAUGCAACAGUGUGUACGUACGAAGUAUGUCACUAAGAUAGUCCGUAUUCGAUAAGAGUAACAUCUAAAAUCUAAUUCGUAAAAAUAAAGAAAUAGCGUUAAGUAAACGGGUAUGUGUCGGUCGCGCAGUGAGCGGAGGUGGCGGUGGAGUCGUAAAUUUUUAAUUGGAUUUUCGUCUAAAUAAAAGAACCGUAUCCGCCAUUAAGCGUACACCACGGGAGAAACGCGCAAUGAAAAUUUUAUUUAUUAUUGUCCACGAUACGCGAGAGAGCGGCGGCACUUGCAAAAAAAAAUGUACAUAAGUCCGAUCUUUCUAACUAGGCUAUCCGCAAAAAAAAAGAAACGCUACCAGAUAAGUAGAACAAACGAAAACAAACAAAUAUAAGAAGUAACGCUUGUCAAUGAACGAGUAACUUUCAGACCGUAAUAUUGUUUAGUCCGGUAAUAUUUAUUGAUACAUGUUAUAUAUACCGCAAAGUGGAUCUUUCUGUUUGUUUAAUUGAUUAUACAAUAAAUAUUUUUUAUAAUGUACUAGA